UCUUUCCCUUUUCCCUUCCUAGCCUUUCUUUCGUCUCUUUCUCCUUCUCUAAUAAAUUUGAAACGUUGUUAAAUUCCUUUAGACGACGCAGCUGAGGAUCUGAGCGCUCAGUCCGUCAGAAGCUUCGACCGAACAGAGUCACGCACAUCUUCCACAUCAUGAAUUUUACGUUUCAUUUGGUAUCAUUACUCAGCGUGAUCAUAUUGAAAUGUGUUUUCGCUUCACCCUACGGGUUCGGUAGCGGUCGGCAAGAAGACGCCGUUGUGAUAGAUGCAGCGCCGUCGUUUUCACCCGUUUCCAGUGACUCAGGUUAUCCCGCGCAUAACCCCGUCUAUUGUCGACAUCGGAUCCAUUAUACUCCUUCAUCGCAUUCGUCCGUUACGAACACGAGGCAAAAUUAUCAACAGCAAGAACCAAUAACGUAUCAGCCGUUCAACAACCCUGCAGUCGUUAGAAUUCGUCAAUACCCUUCGUCCAACAGCUAUGAAACGUAUCGCACUCCUUCUGCCCCUUCGUCCAGCAGCUACGAAACCAAGUAUGAAACGUAUCGCUCUCCUUCUGUCCCUUCGUCCAGCAGCUACGAAACCAAGUAUGAAACGUAUCGCUCUCCUUCUGUCCCUUCGUCCAGCAGCUACGAAACCAAGUAUGAAACGUAUCGCGCUCCUUCUUCCACUAUUGAAUCACCCCAGCCCUUUCGUCCACAUAAUAACGACAUCCAGGAGAGUUCGCAUAUUAAUCAGCAUGAUUACGAGCAGACCGGUUCGUCCUACGAGGCUUUCAUGGUUCCCCAGGGAUCAGCCCGCAUGGUCAUGGGCUAUAGGCUUGCAGCACCCAGUUCCUCGGAGCCAAAGUUUUCGUCAUCCUACUAUUAAUUCCACAACGAUUUAAAAUAGACGCUAAAACGGAAUAAUGCUCCAUCCCUUUCCGCGUUGCACUAUCGAAUGUCGCAAUAAAGCUGUCGGGGAUGUUUAGCUAGGGACCCAUCGCCUUAAAUGGAAAUGGGUUAAUUUAUGUACACAAGAAAAUGGAGCCUCGGGAACGAUAUCUAUGCCUUUUCCUUUCGACUUUAUCUCCUUUAUGUGUGUGAACUAAUUAAACGACACCUUAUUGAAAUACAUGAUUUGAUACAAAA